AUGAGCUCAGACAGUUUAACGCCUAAAGACACUAUAGUUCCAGAAGAACAAACCAACCAACUGCGGCAACCUGAUUUAGAUGAGGAUAGCAUACAUUAUGAUCCAGAAGCUGAUGAUUUAGAGUCAUUAGAGACUACUGCCUCUUACGCGUCAACGUCGGUGUCGGCAAAGGUGUAUACCAAGAAGGAAGUAAAUAAAGGAACUGACAUUGAAAGCCAACCACAUUGGGGUGAAAAUACCUCGAGCACGCACGACAGUGACAAAGAAGAAGAUUCCAAUGAAGAAAUUGAAAGCUUCCCGGAGGGUGGAUUCAAGGCUUGGGUUGUGACAUUUGGUUGCUUCUUGGGUCUAAUUGCAUGCUUUGGUUUAUUAAACUCAACGGGGGUCAUAGAAAGUCAUCUACAGGACAAUCAAUUAUCCAGUGAAAGUGUUUCUACCAUUGGUUGGCUGUUUUCUUUGUUUCUUUUUGUUUGCUCUGCCUCAUGUAUCAUUAGUGGUACUUACUUUGAUAGAAAUGGAUUUAGGACAAUUAUGAUUGUGGGCACGGUUUUUCAUGUAGCCGGUCUGUUCGCUACCGCCAACUCUACUAAAUAUUGGCACUUCAUACUGUCCUUUGCCAUUGUCUGCGGGUUCGGUAAUGGUAUUGUACUGAGUCCCCUAGUAAGUGUUCCCGCCCACUAUUUUUUUAAGAGACGUGGUACUGCAUUGGCAAUGGCCACUAUUGGUGGUAGUGUGGGUGGCGUCGUUUUCCCAAUUAUGUUGCGUAGUUUCUUCUCUAUGAAGUCAGACACUGAUCCAACUUAUGGAUUUGUUUGGGGCAUUAGAACUUUAGGAUUUUUAGAUUUGGCUUUGCUAACUCUGUCAAUCAUUUUAGUCAAAGAGAGGUUACCACAUGUUAUCGAAAAUUCCAAAGAUGGUGAGUCACGUUGGAGAUACAUACUCAGAGUUUAUAUUCUGCAAUGUUUUGAUGCGAAGGCUUUCCUGGAUAUGAAAUAUCUUUUUUGUGUCCUGGGAACGGUAUUUAGUGAGUUAUCCAUUAAUUCAGCUCUUACUUAUUAUGGAUCAUACGCCACCAGCCAUGGAAUUUCUGCUAAUGACGCCUACACCUUGAUUAUGAUUAUAAAUGUCUGCGGCAUACCCGGGAGAUGGGUUCCUGGCUAUUUGAGCGAUAAGUUCGGUAGGUUUAACGUCGCAAUUGCAACUCUACUCACUCUAUUUAUCGUCAUGUUUGUUGGUUGGUUACCAUUUGGUACCAAUUUGACAAAUAUGUACGUUAUUAGUGCCCUAUAUGGAUUUUGUUCUGGAAGCGUUUUCUCCUUACUUCCUGUUUGCUGUGGCCAGAUAUCUAAAACGGAAGAGUUCGGUAAACGUUACUCUACAAUGUACUUCGUUGUCGGUUUCGGUACUUUAGUCGGCAUUCCGAUAACAGGUGCCAUUAUCUCUAUCAAGACAACGGCCGAUUACCAACACUAUAUUAUUUUUUGCGGUUUGGCAACUUUUGUAAGCGCUGUUUGCUACAUAAUUUCGAGAGCAUACUGUGUUGGCUUCAAGUGGGUCAGAUUUUAA